UCAAAUCAUAUGGUCGAACUACAGUCUGGAUUUUUGCCAGUUCAAACAGGACAAAUCAAACGGCAAGAAUUCAUUGUUUGGAAACAUAAAUUGUUUAGUGUCAUCCAUAUUGUUCUUGGUGUUGCUUUAGGAAUUGUCAGUGUAAUGGGAUUACGUUGUGAUAUUAUUGCCGAAGAAAAACAUGAAGAUUGCUUUAAAUAUGGUCGUUCUUUGUAUAGCAGUGAUCAAUCGCUAAUUGACUUUGACAUACCAUGUUUGAUAUGCUCUUUAUUUUACAUUGUAAUCGGUUUGCUGUCAUGUUUUAUGACAGAAAAUAGAAAGUCUAACUGGAGAUGCCUGAUACAUGGCUUUCAAUUGAGUAGCUUGAUUGGAUCAUUAGUUAUUGCUCCCUCCAUGGCAUAUUUAGGAUAUCUUGGAGUUGAAAAGCGACUAAAUUAUCACCAGAGCACUACAAAUAUCUCAGUGUGUAUUGCUGGAAUAUUCGUUGCUGAAUGGAUUCUUGGAAUAGCAAUAAUUGUUGGUUCAGUUUGCUCUUGGUUCUCGGAAAGGGAAUCAUCAAGUCCGCAGGAUGUUAUUGUUGUGAACAGCACACAGUUUCAAGUAAUUCCUACAGCAAAUGUUGAACCAGCUAUAAUGACUACUGAAGAAACAUCAUUCCAGAUAGCUCAGCAUUAUACACCACAGCAGUAUCAAGCGAUGAAAACAAAUGAAUCAGAAGUGGAUUACAUUUAGGAAUUAGUAGCACUCAACAAGUGUGUGAUACAAAUAAACAAUCUAACAAUAGCAAUAAUGAUAGACAUUCUAAAAUAUAGAUUUGUUAAUACGUAUAUAAAUUGACUUUCAUGUUAUUUUAAUUAAAGUGCAUGGAUAUUUGUUUUGUAAAACAAAGCAAGUCAUUUACAAAAGAGCAGUACAUCUUGUGGAAAAAAUGAAAAUAAUUAAGGUGUUUUUGUAUUAUAUUUUAUAACAUUAAUAAUUAUGUAUUUUUAGGAGGUACACAAUGUAAUUUUUUGUAUCAUAUUAACUUUAUUUGUGUAUUUUGUAUUAGGAGGAAUGAUAAGUAGUCAUUUAGAGUAUGUUGGUGCUCUUUUGCUACUGAAAUAUUUAUACUGCUUCAUAUAAUUAAACAUAUACAGGUCUUAUUUGUUUAAAAUAUAUCCUUAGGUGAAUACCGUCGUAAGAUAAUUUAAAACAAUUAAAUAUGUGUUCAAAAUCUGGACGACGUGUUUGAUUGAGCAACUUAAGACCAAGAUACGCUAUGAUCUGAUUUGAUCUUAUAGCAUGGCAUUGUCCUUGGAAUACUUCGAUUAAAAACCACUGGAGUGUGUUCUGUCUGAGGUAGGCUUUGAAGAUGUUUGCUAUGAGAUUCAUUAUUAAUUUGCAUUAUUGAAGGAGUAGGUUCAGUA